AUGUCCGCCCAGUCCAAGGGGACCGCAUCCUCCUCCUCGUCGCCGUCCGAGGGGCCGCCGGCAGCCUCCAAAGCCAGGGUGAAGGAGCAGAUCAAGAUCAUCGUGGAGGAUUUGGAAUUAGUCCUGGGGGACCUGAAAGACGUGGCCAAGGAACUUAAGGAGGUGGUUGACCAGAUUGACACGCUGACGUCUGACCUGCAGCUGGAGGAUGAGAUGACAGAUAGUUCCAAAACAGACACGCUCAACAGCAGCUCCAGCAGCACAACAGCUUCCAGCUUGGAGAAAGUCAAGGUGCGGGCCAGCGCACCGCUCAUCAAGCCACCUGCGCACCCCUCCGCUAUCCUCACUGUGCUGCGGAAGCCAAAUCCACCUCCACCUCCACCACGACUGACGCCCGUCAGGUGCGACGAGCCUCCACGGCUGCCUCCUUUGGCCAACCCUGUCAAGACUAACGGUACCCUGCUGCGAAAUGGGGGCUUGCCAGUUGGGCCCAGCCGCAUCCCAAACGGAGAUAUAUGCUGUAUACCGAACAAUAAUUUGGAGAAAGUUGCAAUGCAGCCUCUGAUGCACAGACCUGAGAGAGAGCAGUGUCCUCAGUCGGGAGCAAGGGAACGGGUACGAUUUAGUGAAAAAGUGCAGUACCACGGCUAUUGCCCUGACUGUGAUGUUCGGUAUAACAUUAAAAAUAGGGAGGUGCACUUGCACAGUGAGCCUGCUGCCCGUGUUGUGGGAAAGCUGCCACACCAGUGCCCUCCUCUGCCGCCUCCACCACCUCCACUGCCUCCAUUUCCUCUGGAAAAUGGAGGGUUGGGGAUAAGUCCCAGUAAUAGCUUUCCUCCUCCAAGACCUGCGACUGUGCCUCCACAAACUGCACCAAAACCCCAGAAGACCAUCCUGAGGAAAUCAACUACUACAACAGUGUGA